CUUUUGCAGCCAAAAAGGGUGCUUUCUGGCAGGAGUGCACGAAAGUGACUCAUCAAGAGAGAAUGCAGCGGCAGGUAUCCAGCCUUUCUGAUGCUGCAGGGUUAUGACUCAACCCCGCGCUAGUGGGGAGUCUGAAUCCAGCCAGAGUCUGACACGUGCUCCCAGUGAGUGCACACCAGUUGUUCCUGCCAGAUGUCUAGGUGGUGACUCAGGAUCAUCCAGUUUUGAAGAGAACCACUCGCCGGGACUGAGGGGGAUAAAAAGAAGAAGUUAAGGGACAUUCAGGAGGAGCAAAUUGAUUUUUAACAGGAUCACGUCUGAAUUAAAUGGCUGAUAAACAGAUCAGUAGCACUUAGAGUUCCCGAAGGCAGUAGGGGCUGUGCAUACACAUGUUUACCUGCCAAGCUGAUCAAUGGAGGGAUAGCUGGGCUGAUUGGAGUCACCUGUGUAUUUCCCAUUGACUUGGCGAAAACUCGCCUGCAGAACCAGCAAAAUGGCCAGCGGAUGUACACCAGCAUGUCUGACUGCCUCAUUAAGACAAUCCGGUCGGAAGGUUACUUCGGCAUGUACAGAGGGGCUGCGGUGAACCUGACUCUAGUGACACCAGAAAAGGCCAUCAAGCUAGCGGCCAAUGACUUCUUCCGGUAUCAUCUCUCCAAAGAUGGGAAGAAGCUGACGCUGCUGAAAGAGAUGCUGGCCGGCUGCGGGGCGGGCACCUGCCAGGUGAUUGUCACCACUCCCAUGGAGAUGCUCAAAAUCCAGCUGCAGGAUGCAGGCCGAAUUGCGGCCCAGAAGAAGCUAAUGGCAGCACAAGCCCAGCUCUCCUCCACCACUAGUGCUGGGGCAGCAGAGUCGGUAGUGGAGACACGGACCACGGCGAUGCAAAUCACCAGGGAACUACUUCGGAGCAAAGGCAUCGCGGGGCUUUACAAGGGCCUUGGGGCCACGCUGCUAAGAGACGUCCCGUUUUCCAUCGUUUACUUCCCGUUGUUUGCAAACCUGAACAAGCUGGGCCAGAAGAGCCCUGACGUCAAGGCCCCGUUCUACGUGUCCUUCCUGUCUGGGUGCCUGGCGGGCAGCACGGCAGCAGUGGCUGUGAAUCCGUGUGAUGUAAUCAAGACAAGGCUGCAGUCCUUGAAAAGGGGAGUGAAUGAGGACACGUACUCAGGAAUCCUAGACUGCACCAGGAAAAUCUGGCAGAAGGAAGGCCCCCUGGCCUUCCUGAAGGGGGCGUACUGCAGAGCCUUGGUCAUCGCCCCACUCUUCGGCAUUGCACAAGUCGUCUAUUUCAUAGGCAUCGCGGAAUUCUUCCUAGACAUGCUUCCAAAGCGCCGGGGUUAACCCUCGCGCACGCUCGCUGCUGGUCAGAAUUCAUCCAGCAUUCGUCGUCGUCAUCGAUGGUGUCCGAGCAACAGCACAAAGGGUUAAAGCAGCAACCUCAAGGGUGAAGGUCGUCUCCAAACAAAAAGUCCCUUCCACCUCUCGAUAUGCCCUCACCCCAUCUGGCCCUCCAGGACAAUACUUAAUUAUGCAUAUCUAUUAUUUUUAAUUACGCUGGUUAGCACAGACUGGGCUCACAGACCCCGGACCUUCUCCCAGCAAUGGGCGGGGGGAAGAAACCGACAACACCUUCUGAAUUACCAGGUAGUCAAGAAAGGAGCAAAGAACCAGACUUUGUUCCCCCCGUCCCUCUUCUGAUGUGCCAGGCCUCUGGGAAGACAAGGCCUCAGAACACCUUCUAAAGGGGGACCCAUAUUGUCAGUAGAGGAAGCAGGUAGAUGCCGCAAUCAAAAAGUUUCUUGUCCUGAAACUCCCCUAAAAUCAGCUGGACUUGGAUGAACUUCUUGGAGAUCAGAGGAGGGGGAAGGUUUAUUUUAAUCAAAGGGACUUCCUUCCUAAAUAGGGGCCAUAGGGCCUGUGUGGAGGGAGAUGUACGCUGCACGUAUUUGCAACAUGUCUGCUCUGAAAGAGUAUGUCUGUGGGAUCAUGUGUGAAUGUCUUCAGGUGCAUGAGUGUUUAGCUACGAGCUACAGGCGGGAGAGGGGAGAAUUUAAUGACAUGGGAUCAACUUUUUAUUUAUACAGGAAAAACAAAUCCAAUUACAUUCCUUAAAUCAGCCCAGCUCUGAUGUGUCAAGCAGUUGGUCUACCCAGAGUACUGGUUGUGUUUUUUGGCCUGUCUCUAAGAUGCGUUCCUCUCCUCCUUUCCUGUGGUUGUUUGCACCCACAAAGGGUCAUUUAAAAAGAUGAUGGUCUCAGUGUCAGCCUUUCGGUUAAAGAUCAGGAUAGGCCACACCCUCAGCUGGUGUAAAUGGUUGUAGAUCCUUUGAAGUCCGUGAGCUCUAUUGAAAUCAGUGGGACUAUGAUAGUUUACACCAGCUGAGGAUCUGGCUCAAUGUACUUGGGGAUUGAGUUGCCAACUUCUUUAUCCAGACCAAAAUUGGGAUGUGGAAAAGAAAUGAGGCCAGGGCAUCUGUUUUAGUUCCACAGGGACCUAAUUCCAUGUGACCUACCGUUCAAAGGCCAGGUCUGGUUUUGCUAUGAUGUUUUUUUCUUAAGUACAUUCAGAGAGGCAGUAUGACCUCAGUCGGAUCCACACCGGCACAAGAGCCUGCCUCUGUGCGUCCAGUUGUGGGAUUGAGGAUGAUAGCCAGACUUACUGCUCGCUUUAGGGAGGUAGUCAUUGACUGGAUAACAGGCUGGCAACCCUAGACACAUACAGAUUCUGUUAAAGGGACACUAAUGUUUUUUAAAAACCCAAACCUUUUCUUUAUCUAUAUUCACAAUAUCACUUUGAAUUCUCACAAGGGAAAGAACUGAAAAUCUGGUGUGCUUUAUUAUUGCACUUCAUUCCAUUUCAACAUGUAAACUAAACUGGUCAGUUUCA